CACAGUUGUAAAAUGAACAAACCGCUGUCAGUUCUCAACUAUUUUCAAAACAAAAACGCAGAUUAAAACACUUUCUCGACAAAGAGAUUCAACCCCACCUCCUUAAUCUUCAGAUCCAAGUAUCCAACCAUGUCUCUUAAACCCCCCAACGGUUACGGCACCACAACCGCCGCCGCUGCCACCACCUCCACCUCCACCUCCACCAACCCCACAACCGCACUUUCCUUCUUCUCCCGCACGGAGUCCAUUACCUCCACGCGCCGCCCAUGGAGGGAACUCUUAAAUCUCUCGAGCUUCUCGCGACCCAUAAGCUACAACGACGCGAUGUCCCGUGUAAAGCGGAACGUCAACAACUUUCGCGUCAAUUACGCAAUGGUAAUGCUCUUCAUUCUCUUCGUUAGCUUGCUUUGGCACCCGGUGUCGAUGAUCGUUUUCAUAAUCGUGUUCAUUGCGUGGUUAUUCUUUUACUUCGCGCGUGACGACCCAGUUGUGGUUUUUAAUCAAGUGUUGGAUGAUAGGCUUGUUUUGUGCUGUUUGGGUUUGAUUACGAUUCUUGCUUUGGUUUUUACUCACGUGGGGCUUAACGUGUUGGUGGCUUUGCUUGUUGGAGUUGUGGUGGUGGGUGUUCAUGCGUGUUUUAGGAGUACAGAUGAUUUGUUUUUGGAUGAAGAGAGUGCGGUUGAGGGUGGAUUGGUUUCGGUUGUGGGAAGUCACCCUGUGAGGUUGACUGGUUAUACGCGAAUUUGAUGGGGUUUUUUUUAGUGUUUUUGUGUUUGAUUUGAAGGGGGUGCGGAGGAUUUUGGUUUUCUUUUGGUUGGUUGUUUAUUUGCUAUAUAUAUAUAUAUAUGGUAAUCCAGAAAUCCCUGAAUGGGUUUAGUGAUUUGAUUUCAAAAUUGGGUUCCUGUGGAAUUAUUGAUUAGUUCUUAAAGGAUUGGUGGCUUUGGUUGUUGUGAAGUUGGAACUUGUAGCUAAAUAAUUUAGUUGAUGAUAACGGAAAUUUGGUUGGUGCUUGAUUUGAAGCGGGUAUGAUGAAUUCUUAUUACUGUAUUAUUGGUUUAAAAGGUGGAGUUUGAGGGUUAACUUGGCUUUUGGUUUUGACCAUUGUUUCUGGUUGGGAUUGAGUACAAUUUUUGAAGUGGUAAUUGACAUUGGCCUUAUUGGUCUUAUUUUUGGGGAAGCUUGUUUGUUUUAUGUUGUUUGGAUCAAAUUGUGGAUCAUGGUGAGGUUGAUUUUGGUUGUGCUGCUUCAGCAUUGUUUUAAACCAGUGGGAGAUGAAAUCAAUCUUGUUCUGUGAGGUGACAGAAAUACAAUUUUGAAGAUAGUCUCAGUGCUUGUUGCAUUUCGGCAUCAAGGGAAGGUCAUGUAUGCUAUUUUGUGAGGUCGCUAAUUUGGAAAAUUUAUUUGCUUUAGUAAUGGAGGUCUGUUCACUAAUUUGUGACUUUCUGUUGUAAUUUAAAUAUGAAAGCAUUGGAUGUUUAUUUUCUUUUGUUUAGCAUGGUCAGAAUCAUUUUAAAUGACCAACCAAUUACGAAAGUCUUCGCACA